AUGGAUACCGUCCCUUCGGAGCCUGAGUACCGAGACCUAGUUGUUGGACUCACCACCCAGCUCCUUAAGCCUACCACCGCUCGGUUGAACCGCGCGCCUCUUACGCUCACUGACGUCCACGAGCUCUACCGCCACCUCUGUAGCCCCGAGUUCUUCAACAAUUCGGUCCUUCGCGCUGCUCCCGAUGAGGAGGCCAGCCCGCUCCACGGCGGGAUCCUCGCUGACGUAUGUGGCCUCGGGAAGACCCUAACCGCACUCACGCUUAUCUACCAGGCGGCCCUCGUCCAACCCCGGCCCCCAUACCGGCCUACCCUGAUCCUAGUGCCCUCGGCCCUGAUUGAUACAUGGCUCCUGGAGAUCGAGCGCCACUUUGGGGACGCCCUGAUAGUCCGGCUCUUCUACAGUGCCAAAACCCGUACUGGCGAUUCCGAGCGUAAGCUGAUGCUGCUCGAGUCACUCGGCGAGGCCACGCGUACCACCACCGAGAUCGACGAGAAUGGCGCGCCGACGUACCGCGCCCGGAAGGCCACGCGGAAGGAGACCGACCCUAUGGCCCUUGAUCUUACUACCGCCGAAGCCGACGUAGAUGAGGAUAUACCCGACCCCGACGACGUCGUGACCCCGUCGGUCUCGGACGAGCCAGGUUCCCCCAGUAGCGUACACACCCCGCCUACCGAUAGCGUCGGCACCCCUUAUCCCCCGGGCGUCAACGCCGCCGUCACUGAACUGAGCGAGCUCUAG